AUGCCGUAUGUUGACUCCAAUGGAAAUAUUGUGGAAUCGAAGAAGUCGACGUUCAGUUUACUUUGGCAGUUUCUCGCAUUUUUUUUAUAUUUCUUCCGUACACUUUUUGGACCACUAAUUGGUGAAACGAGUGAUAGGCCAUCAUGGCGCAGACGUGGUUGGAAUGGUAAUGACCGAUGGAAUGGAAGUGGUGGUCCAGGCAGGCCUCCGAGAGGUGGUUAUGGAUAUGGGACAGGACGGCGUCCAAUAGGACGACCAGCAUUUUCCUCCGGAAUGUCAUGUCCUCCAGUGGGCGGCGGCAGUUGA